AUGGCAUACCUACUGUACAAGUACAUUCGCAACAAGCGGAGGGAGAAGCGAGCUCGCGCCGCUGAGGGCACUUCUGGGCUGCACUCCGACUCUGAUGGCUCGGCACCGACGUUGAGACAGACGCGUUCUGAGACCCCAGUGAAGGAGGAGUUGUCGCCAGAGGAAGUCUACCGUAUCGGUUCUUGGACUAUCAAGCGUAGUAUGCUUCACAAUCUUGUCCUGCUGGUCGCCCUUGCUUUCCCAGUAUAUCUCGAGACGCUUGACUAUACCGUCGUCGCCACCGCGCAACCCAUCAUCGCGUCUCACUUCGACCGUCUCGACCUACAAAGCUGGAUUGGAGAGAUCUACCUUCUAACCUCCACCGUCUUCUUGCCACUAUAUGCGUCCGUCGCGGAUGUAUACGGACGACACUUUGCCCUACAGUCUAGCCUCUUUUUGUUCUUGAUCGGAAGCGCAAUAUGUACCGGCUCGAUGAACAUGCCGACGAUGCUCGUCGGACGUGGUAUCUCCGGUGUCGGCGCCGCCGGGAUGUUGACGCUACCACGUAUCAUUCUCGCGGACACCGCAUCUGUUGGUCAGCAGGCGAAUCAGACCAGUAUCCUCUUCGUACUCUAUGCCAUCGGUUACUGCACAGGCCCUAUCAUUGGAGGAGCACUCUCAACCGUCAACUUCCGCUGGAUCUUCGCGAUCAACUUGCCCGUCACCGUUCUCGCCAUGGUCCUCGCCUUCCUACUUUUACGUGGGCAUGCGCACGAGGUUGACCAUACCGAGGAGCGCGUCCGCCGCAUCCAAGGCAUGUCGCGCCUCAGCAAGAUCUCAGCGCUUGAUUGGCUCGGCACGGGUCUAUUCGUUGCGGCUGGCAUCCUCAUCCUGCUCGCCCUCAACUGGGGAAGUCUCCAGGAGUGGGACUCGACGAAGGUCAUCGUGUGCUUCGUUGUUGGCGGUGUGAUCUUCGGGCUCUGCCUCGGCUGGGAGGUGUACAUGCAGCGCCGCCAGGCGGCCAACAUCGACAGUAGGCUCGGCAAGAUCUUCCCCAUGCUCCCGACCGUCAUCUUCACGAGCAUCGAUGUCGUCGCCUGUCAAGCAGUCACCUUCGCCGCCGGCAUGGUCAUGCUCGUCAUGUUCUACUACCUCUCCAUCUUCUACGCCAUCGUCCAAGGCACCGACGCGACAAACUCUGGUGUACAACUCCUCUACUUUGCGCCCGGUCUCGGCGUCGGCUCCAUCCUCAAUACGAUCCUCAUCAAAGCAACGGGUCAGCCGAAGUGGGCUAUGACGCUCGGCACGAUGGUCACGACCGUCUCUCUGGGUGUCAUCAGUAUGGCCGUGCAGGAGAAUGACCAGGGUUUGGUGAAGGGCAUGCUUGUCAUGGCGGGCGCGGGUGUGGGCUUGUCAUUCGCACCUGCUGCCGUGCACGCGCGCUUCGCUCAGCCUGCGAACCGCGUCGCUAUCGUCAGCGCCUAUCAACGUUUCUUCCAGUCAUUCGGUGGAACCAUCGGUCUCGCGCAAGCCGCCGCCGUUCUCAAUUCCAAGGUUGCAUCCUACCUCAAGAACCUCGUUGUGACUGGCCAAAUCUCGCCUGCCGACGCCGCCACCCUCUCCGGAUCGAGCGCCACCUCAAUCGGCGCGAUUAACUCUCUGCCUCCAGCCCUGCACACUGCAGUCCAAGACGCUUUCCGCAGUGGCACGCGCUGGUUGUUCAUAUCGAUGAUACCAUGGAUCGGUGUCACCGUGUUUCUCACGCUGAUCCUGUCAAACAUCACCGAUCCGGAGAAGGAGAAGAAGGCGCAAGCCGCUCAGGCGAAGGAGGGAGAGACUGAGGUGGAGGAGAAGGUGGCGCAGUCGCCUUGA